AUGGAAAAGGAAAAGAUAAAAAGGAUGCUAAAAGAGAUAUUGAAAGUAACACUUCUGGGCUUUUGUGUGUACGGGACGUUGGACUAUGCCUUACCGGAACAAGUAGUUCAGUCUAUAAAUCGAACUUCUGGGGGAAAAUUUGUAUACCUUACUGUACUAUCGCUGUAUUUAACCAUCAUUACAACAGUUAUCGGGUAUCUCACAAGAACCAAAGUCGGAAAGAGUUUGGAAACCACUUACAAAGACUUGCUGGCUCUUUCCUUCUCCUUAGAGGGCAUAGUGACCUUACUGUUUUGGAUUUUGUACUUCAUUAACCCAACUCUCCUGAAAAGUAGGAAACUUUAUAGUGAGGGAAUCCAGGAAAGCUUAUUAACAGAGCUCUCCCAGCAUUUGUUUCCUCUUCUCCUCCUACUGAUAUGCCAAAUAGAUGUGAGGCUAAAAAAACGGAAGAGAUGCAUUUCCUUUGUAUUUGGAUUCGGCAUUCUAUACUUCCUAGAAACCUGGUACUUCUACACGGUAGAUGGCAAGUGGCCCUAUCCAAUUUUCAAGAAAAUGAACACUAUUGGGAGGAUACUCUUCAUUUUUAUGGCAUGUCUUAUCGGUACUGGAUGUUACUUAGGCCUUCUUGGAGUUAACGAUUUGGUUCAUGGGAAGUAUGAGCCAGUGAAAGAGGAUAAUAGAUCCUUUUGA